GGUCGCUGCUGCCGCCCACAGCUGGCGAGGGACUUUGCCCAAUGUGAGGUGGAAAGAUUCAGUUUGCUGUGCCAUCAGUUACCAGCUUCCACGUACAAACUAAAGUACAAGAAGCUCAGUGUGGGACCCCUACAGAGGACUGUUUUUCUUUCUCCUCCCUUCCUUCCCCUCAAGGACAUAGACUUUGGCUAUAUUUUUCAUAACUGCGUGAAGCUAGAAAUCUAACGGAUGCCUGUGCCGCCGCCGCCACCACCGCCUCCUCCACCGCCUCCACCGCCUUCUGGAGGGCCCCCUCCACCACCACCUCUGGCAAGUUCAGAACUACCAAAAUUGCGAAAGGAAGACCAAAAAGCACGAAAUGCACUGUUGGCUGAUAUCCAGCAGGGAACUCGCUUAAGGAAAGUGACUCAAAUCAAUGACCGAAGUGCACCGCAGAUUGAAAAACCCAAAGGAGCUAACAGAAAUGGAGGUAAUCCAGCCAUUAAUAAAGGUGGUUCUCAGCCCCCUCUGGGGGGCUUAUUUGCUGGCGGCUUUCCUGUUCUCAGACCAGCAGGCCAGAGAGACCUGCCAGCUGGGAGGCCUGGGCAGCUUCCUGGCAUCCGAGCAGUGGCUCCGAAGACCACAGCCCCACCAAACAGCACCGCAAAGGCGGGCAGUAGCCCCCUAAGCCCACCCGAAGGCCCGCGGGCAGCUGUCCUGCCAGAGCCUCCAAGCACCCCACGAGCUGGUGCCACGCGGCCCAGCUUGCCUGCGCCUCCUCCGCCACCUCCAGCUUCCAGCAAACCUUCCCUCACCUUCCCUCCUCCUCCGCCUCUCCCCCCUCUGGCAGACAGGCCUUUCAAGGGGGUAGCCCCCAGCUCCGCUCCUCUGCCCCCGCUCCCUCCUCCUCAGGCUGACAAACCCAAGUUUCAAGUAGGUGCUUCACACCCGCCGCCGCCGCCUCCUCCUCCUCCCCUACCCCCCUGUGGAUUUCCAGCCAGGACAGCCGAUUUCCCUGCUGCUGCUUCCUCUCCAUCCGAAGGAAGGGAUUAUCCACCUCCCACACCGCCUCCACCACCACCUCCUCCUCCUCUCCCCGUGCAUCCUCCUGCCUUGAACAGGCUCUCCUUUCCAACCCCCCCAGCCUUCACCGGCACUGCCGGCAGCGGUGACGUGCCCCCACCACUGCCCCCCAAGUCCCCGCACUUGCUGUCCCAUUUGCACAAGCCCGCUAUUCAGUCGCUCCCUCUUCCUCCCACCCCACCCCUUCCUCAGCCAGCGGCAGUGGUGGAGACCAGGAAGAAGAGAGCGGGCCGAGGCGGAGGACCUGGUGCUGGGAAGCUAGCUGUUCCUCCACAGCCACCAGCCAGAUCACCAACGACUGAACUUACGAGCAAGUCUGGAGUCUCAGCCUGGGCAGUUCAUGACCCCUACCCACCUCUUAAAAAUGGAAAUAUGCAUAUCAUUGAUGACUUUGAAUCUAAAUUUACUUUCCAUUCCGUGGAGGAUUUCCCCCCACCUGAUGAAUUCAAGCCAUUUCGGAAAAUAUAUCCCAGCAAGAUAGCUAGAGAUCCCUCUAAAAAUCCGCCAUUAAGAACACACGUGAGAUGAGAAGAGUCGUUCUGAUGCUUUCUGGAUUGGUAUUAAAAAUGGAGAACAUCAAGAUAACAUAUGGAAACAGAAGGGGUCCCAUUAGAGUGGCAGAGAUUAUAUUUGAAUCACAAGUGCUGCAACGUUAACAUUUUUAUAAAUUGGAAGAGAGAUGUAAAUGAUACUUUUUGAAGUACUUUGUGGCCUACGUACCACAAGAAUGUUAGCACAGGCUUUUAAAUACUGUAUACAUGUGGAUAUUUUUAAGCAAAGAAGCAUAAAAUUUAAAUUCUUUAUAGAGUUCAAACAAUUCUUAUCAUGCUGACAGUUGUUACCUCAAAGAAUACUUUUUGCAUGAUAUGCUUGUAAUUCAUUUUCCCCUUCCAUCUAUAUUUUUAAGUACUUUGGAAAUCCUCCAGUUAUUAUUCAGAUAUUUUUCAAUGAACUGUCUGAAAAUAAUGUGACGCUUUUAGUCUCUCUUUAUGUUUCUUCACUUCUUGUAUUCUGCCUAUCCUCAGAUUGAGCAGAAUGGCACUUUCAUGAACAGGCGGGUCCACAAUCCUCUUCUCAACAAGCGUGAAGAGGACAGAGAUGACAACAGGUUGUGGCUGCUGUUGAGCCUACCUCUACUGAUUACAGAUCCUUAUAGGAUAGUGAACAUGUCUGAAGAAGCCCAGAUGGGUAGGGUGCCUACGGACCUGACAAAGACAACAGAACUUUUACAAACUGGGCAAAGAGGAAGUUGUUCUACUGUAAGCAAAAGUGGUGUAUGUAAAUGCACAUACUACCAAGUGUAUACAUAUGGGCAUGUGUCCUCUCUUUUCCUGCUGGCAAAGAGGAUAUUAUUAACUAUUUGUGUGACAGGUUCUCUUUACCCAGCAAUUAGGAGACCUUGAGAUCAUUUUCAGUUGCAUAUGUUGUAAACAGGCAAGUAGAGCUCCUAUUUUUCACCCAUAGCAGCAGUAAGGAUGCAUUGUCCAAAAAAUAAUAAAAUAAGGAGUCCCUAAAGUGGUGGCUCCCUUGAGUUGAGUUGCUUGGAAAAAGUAAACAAGCCAGGGACGAGACUUGAGAUUUUACUUUUAAUGUGAAGCUGUAGUGAGGUGUUUGGAUCAUUGAUGUUCAGACCAUCAGAUGUCUGCUUCCAGGAACAAUUAUAGAAAUGCAACAUUUCACUGCAUUAGGAGGAAUGUUGCCAGCAGCUUGUGGGCUGAGAAAGCCCAACAAAGGGCCAGUAAGAUGAUGAAGGGACUGCAGCGCCUCUCCUUUGAGGAAAGGCUGAGAGAGCUGGGACUGCUCAGCCAGAAUUUCAUCAAUGUACCUAAAUAUCUGAAGGGAGGGUGCAGAGAGGACAGAGCCAGGCUCUUUUCAGUGGUGCCCAGUGCCAGGACCAGAGGCAAGGCACACAAACUGGAACACAGGAGGUUCCAUCUGAACAUGACAGAACACCUUUUUACUGUGCAGGUAACUGAGCACUGGCACAGGUUGCCCAGAGAGGUUGUGGAGUCUCCCUCCUUGGAGCUACUGGAAUGGCUCCACGUGGCCUGUGCAACCUGCUGAAGGUGGCCUUGCUUGAGCAGGGGUGGGGGUGGACCAAAUGACCUCCUGAGGUCCCUUCCAUCUUCAUCCAUUCUGUAAUUUCCCCAUUUUACAGUUUAAUUGGGUUCAGCAGCUUGAAUAAUUGCACUGCUAUUCUGGCCUAACAGCCAGGCUAUUUAUGAGUUAUUGUACUAUUUAUUUAUAUAAAUACCAUAAUUCCCCUCAUCUGCAGCUGUUAAAAACAUAGAUGGUAGGUGAAGAUCCUUCCUCAUGGCAAUGCCUUUGAAUAACAGCAUUUGGAAAAGAAAGGUAACUACAUCCUUGCAUAGCUCUGCUUUUCUCUUAGUUCUUGCAACAGCUUGGUUACGCUGUGACUCCUACUCCCCACCCCACAAGCAUGCUGAUGGUGUAGCGAUGGUGUAAGGGUAAGAAGCAUUUGAAACUCUUGCCUAUAGGGCUCCAAAGAAGCAUCAUCAGUCUUUUUCUAGCCUAUUAUGAUACCUUGCUUUUCUUCAUGUGAAAAGAAAACAAAAUAAGUGAUGCUUUGACCAGUACUUACUGUCACCAGUAUUACAGUUACUUGAUAAGUAUGCAUGAGUUCAGUAAUAAACAGGGGUCAGCAUAUGUAUUGCUUCUCAAAAAAGUGGGAAAGUUUAAUACUGCUUUAAAUAAUAUUUUGUUAUAUUGUUUUUAAAGGUUGAUGUACGGCUAGUUCUCAUCUGUUCUGCAACUUGUGUAUAACUCUGUAAUAAGUACCUUCUAAGGAUUUUAAAUCUAUUUAAUGCUCAGACCACAUGCCAGAAGAUACCUAACAAAACAAAAUUUAUUUCUGUUUUUAUUUUGAUUAGGGUGUUUUAGAAAGAAACAUCUUUUAGAGAUUAAACUACAAAGCCUGUGCAUAUUUGUAAGUGUUGGUGUAGUGUUAUUUCAUACAUGUUAAAUCCUUGUUGUUCAAGAUCCAUUGAAGCUUCAGAAGUUCCCAGUACUUGGAUGUACAGAGAAUCACAGGGGCUAAUUCCACAGCUGUGCUCAACACCACUGGAACUUUCAGGCCAGGAGGGCACUCUGGUUUUCUCAAAGUUGUAGGACUAGUGAUUGCCCCCGAGCAUGUUGCUGUAGCACAGUUGGUUGGUUUUUGUUGUUCCCUUUUUUUAAUUCACUACCUAGUAUCUUACUUUUGCUUCAGCUAUUAGAAACACUCUCCAGAUCACUGUGCUCAAAACAAUUAGUUCUGUCAUAAAAACUGUUCCUAAUAAGGACAAAUUCCAACAAGAUAAUUGCAGAUGUUUGUUUCUUCCAGUGGGCAAAUAUUACAUUUUUAGCAGGAACACCCUCUUUUUCCAUCUUGCCUCCCUCCCACCUCUAAAAUUUCAGAGAACUGAGCUGUGAAAAGAGCUGUGUGAGAUGGUGUAUCCUAAUCUCUGCCCUCUAGCUGGGAUAAGUAUUUUAUUCAUUUUUGCUUUGUUCACAAACAUCCAGCUACUCCUUUUAUGACACAAAGCAUUCAGCAAGCAACAGCUAUAGAAGCAGCUUUGAAGUUCAGCUUGGUAUGUGUGUGUUAAGGGUACUUUGAUUAGGAGUAUCUUCAUUCAAAGCACCCACAAGUGGAUUUCAUGGGAAAUCCAUUUACUUGAGUUGUCAGCAUGUUGUUCUUUCAUGUUCUUCAUCCACUGCAAUACUCACUGAAAUUAAUUGUGCUCCUUGCAGUUGCUACUCUACCCAGGAAGAAAGUAGUUUUAGGUUUACUUGCCUAUUUUCUCCUUCCCUUGUCUCCAGUUUUACAAUACAGAGGCACAGAAGUUGAAAUGAGGGAUAAAGACCUGGCCAAGUAGAGCUGUUCCUAUAAUAGAGCCUGGGAGGAUUACAGUGUGAAGGGGAAGAUAAUUAUGUAGGCCAUAUGAGACACUGUCUUAACGUUUGUUUUGUGCAAGUGAAAAGGACACACUUUUCUCCUCCGAUUGUCAGUUGUCAUAUAAGUCAAUACCAAGGUAAUGAAUAGAACAAUUUUUAAAAAUAAUAAAGUAAAUCAGUGAAGACAGUGUGUCAAUAUUGCAAUUUCCUUAAUUUCAGUUUCAACUUGUGGUGUUUCUGCAUCUUGAGGAGCUUUUUGUUUUUUAGUACAAAAGUCUGGUUCAUCACUAUCCCCUUCCCUGAACAAUGAAGAAUUUUAACCCCAUAUACUAACUUCUAUUUAUUAAAAACAUGGACUUUUCUGUCACUCCUGUUAAGUUAACUGUCUUAAUAUGACACAGGAAACAGUGUUUACUGGUUUAAUUCUUAAAAUAUUUGCCCCGUCUCACUUCUAGAAGAAGAAAAUACACAAAAGGUAGGUCUGUCUGUAAGACUGCCAAGUCUCAAGCACGCUGCAGAACUGCACGUCAUGGAAGGAAGCAUAAGACGCCCAUUUCUAAACUUAACCAGGCCCAUCAGUAAGCCAGGGGUACUUAGUGGGUUCAUCAGCUGUGUACACUCAUCACUGAGAUCACCAGUAGCAGUUCUCCAUUACAAGGCAGAAAGAGGGAGAACAGACGGUUUUUGAUCAAUCUCUUCCCACAAAAAUAUUCCAAAUUUAUAGCUUGUAUAUAAAUACAACACCUUAACAAUGGUGUCUUAAGAGCCAAUAGGUUGUGUGUACAUGUCUUAGGCAUUCAGCCUGGCUCUGCAUUGCAGUACUUGGCACUAGGGCAGUAGCCAGGUACAUUACAAACACACAAAGUUUCCGAAGCUGGGAGCAGGCAAAGGCAAAACUUAUCCUGGGGAACCCAAUUCUGGUCAUUUGCACAGGCACAAUGCCAGAUGCUGAGCUACUGUUACCAGAUACACCAGUACAAGACCAGUACAGCAAGGUCAAGAAGCAGGACUUACCUUCCUGCCUCCCCUCAAAACUGGGAUUUCAACUCUACCAUUCUUUGUAUGAAUUAGCAAGAAGAGAAAAAUGCAAGUCAGCUUUGCUGCAAGCCUAGACCUGAGCAA